AUGGAGUACCUGCCGGAGUCCGCCGAGCGCACCCCCGGGCACAUCUUGUGCUGUGAAUGUGGUGUUGUAAUUAGUCCAAACCCUGCCAAUAUUUGUGUGGCCUGUCUGCGAAGCAAAGUAGACAUCAGCCAAGGCAUCCCGAAACAGGUCUCUGUGUCUUUCUGCAAACAGUGCCAAAGAUAUUUCCAGCCACCAGGAACUUGGAUACAAUGUGCAUUAGAAUCCAGGGAACUUCUUGCUUUGUGUUUAAAAAAAAUCAAAGCCCCUCUGAGUAAGGUUCGGCUUGUAGAUGCAGGCUUUGUUUGGACUGAGCCCCAUUCUAAGAGACUUAAAGUUAAACUGACUGUUCAGAAAGAAGUGAUGAAUGGCGCUAUCCUUCAGCAAGUGUUCGUGGUGGAUUAUGUUGUUCAGCCCCAGAUGUGUGGAGAUUGCCAUAGAGUAGAAGCUAAGGAUUUCUGGAAGGCUGUGGUUCAAGUUAGGCAAAAGACUUUGCACAAAAAAACUUUCUACUAUCUGGAACAGUUAAUUUUGAAGUAUGGAAUGCAUCAGAAUACACUUCGUAUCAAAGAAAUUCAUGAUGGACUAGAUUUCUAUUAUUCUUCAAAGCAGCACGCUCAGAAGAUGGUAGAAUUUCUUCAGAGUACAGUUCCCUGUAGAUACAAAGCCUCACAGAGACUGAUCUCUCAGGAUAUUCAUAGUAACACAUACAAUUACAAAAGCACUUUUUCUAUGGAAAUUGUUCCAAUAUGCAAGGAUAAUGUUGUUUGUCUGUCUCCAAAACUGGCACAAAGCUUGGGAAAUAUGAAUCAGAUUUGUGUGUGUAUUCGCGUAACCAGUGCCAUCCAUCUCAUAGAUCCAAAUACCCUACAAGUGGCAGAUAUUGAUGGGAGCACUUUCUGGAGUCACCCUUUCAAUAGUUUAUGCCAUCCCAAACAGCUAGAGGAGUUUAUUGUGAUGGAAUGCAGCAUAGUCCGAGAUCUAAAACGCAAAGCAGGUGCUGGAAUGAUAUCAAAAAAGCAUACCCUUGGGGAAGUCUGGAUACAAAAAACAUCUGAAAUGGAUACAGAUAAACAGUAUUUUUGUCGCACUCAUUUGGGACAUCUUCUGAAUCCUGGGGACCUGGUAUUGGGGUUUGAUUUGGCAAACUGUAACGUAAAUGAUGAACAUGUCAACAAAAUGAACUCUGAUAGAGUCCCAGAUGUGGUAUUAAUCAAGAAGAGCUAUGACCGUACCAAACGUCAGCGUCGUAGAAACUGGAAACUGAAAGAGCUUGCAAGAGAGAGAGAAAACAUGGAUACAGAUGAUGAAAGGCAAUACCAAGAUUUCCUUGAAGAUCUUGAAGAAGAUGAGGCAAUUAGAAAAAAUGUAAACAUUUACAGAGAUUCCACCAUUCCUGUGGAGAGUGAGACAGAUGAUGAGGGAGCACCUAGAAUUAGUCUGGCUGAGAUGCUUGAAGACCUUCACAUUUCUCAAGAUGCUACUGGGGAAGAAGCCAGAUCACUGGAAACUGCUGUUUAUAGGCAAAAAUCAAUCGAAGAGCCAGGAAACAAUUGA